GACAGUCACACCACCUCAAGAAAACGACAUUCCCGUCCGCCGUCGUCCGACAAUAAAAACUCACCCACUAUGCCGGGAGUACGCGAUAUUAGCGCAGACGCAUUCAUCACCGCAUAUGCCUCUCAUCUGAAGCGGUCUGGCAAGCUCGAGGUGCCAACAUGGGUUGACCUCGUAAAAACUGGGGCCUACAAAGAACUCGCGCCCUAUGACCCCGAUUGGUUCUAUGUUCGUGCUGCUGCUAUUGCCCGACACAUAUACCUCCGCAAAGAUGUGGGCAUUGGCGCGCUGACAAAGCUGCACGGUGGCCGCAACCGUCGUGGUAACCGACCCUCCCACCACGCCUCAUCUUCUGCCUCGGUCCAGCGCAAAGUUUGCCAGGCACUCGAGAAAAUUGGUGUCCUCGAGCAAACGGACAAUGGUGGUCGUAGAAUCAGCCAAGACGGCCAACGGGACUUGGACCGGAUCGCCACUGCCGUUGUCGAGGCUGCUAAGGAGGACGAAGAUGACGAAGAUGAAGAGGAGGGUGAUGAGGACGAAGAGUAA